CAAUAGAACAAAAUGUCCAAUAAAAGUUUUUAUGCCUUGACUGUGGCCAUUGUUGUGUGUUUGGCAAUGUUUGCAAUAACUCUUGCCCAAGAGAAACCUGUGACAGAUAUUUGCUUGGGUUGCAUCUGUGAAGCCUCAUCGGGUUGUAAUCAAACCAAUUAUUGUGCCGGUGGUGUGUGUGGUUUGUUCCGUAUCACCUGGGCCUAUUGGGCUGAUGGUGGUAAACUUACCAUUAAUGGUGAACCUGCUGAAUCGGAAACUGCCUAUGCCAAUUGUGUAAAUGAUCCUUAUUGUGCUGCCAAUACCAUUCAAAAUUAUAUGCUUAAAUAUGGUCAAGAUUGCAACAAGGAUGGCGUUGUCAACUGUUUCGAUUAUGCUGCCAUUCACAAAUUGGGAGGUUAUGGCUGUGGCGGUGAUUUACCCCACAAAUACGCCACUGAUUUGGAACUUUGUUUGAAAUCGUAUGGUGCUAAUUAAAAGUGAUAAUUAGAAUUAAAUGAGCAAACUUCGCCAUUCA